AAACUUGUUUAAUUACAUAAAUAUCUUAAUUCAAUGCAGUUUUACAAUGGAAAAAAAAUUAACACCAUAAUUUUUUUAAUAAUGUUAGAGCUGGUAGCUCUGUUAACUGAUUGGUUAACAGCUGAUUUUCUUAUUUUGGAAGAUUUUUGGAGCAGUUCCCAUACAUUGUUUAAAUCAAUUUUUAUAUCAAUAAAAUUGUAUAUUAAAUUGGAAAUGGAAGUUUUAAAGCAAGGCGCAGAAGGUCGCUUAUAUCUUGGUGAAUUUAAAGGUGAAAAGUGUCUUGUCAAAGAGCGUUUCAUUAAGCAUUACCGGCAUCCCGAAUUGGACACACAGAUUACCAGACAGCGUAUGAAAGCAGAGACCAAAGCGGCUACUCGUUGUCAAAAUGCUGGAAUAUUAGCACCACGUAUUUUACACACUGAUCUAAAUGAGCGUAAAAUUUACAUGGAAUAUUUUGGAGAAGCCAUUAUGGUCAAAGAAUUCAUUCAACGUACUGUAGCUGAUCAUGCAAUAGAUAUAGCUGAAGUACUUUUGAAAAACCUUUGCACACAAAUCGGUACGAUAAUUGGCAAGUUGCAUGCAAAUAAUAUAAUACAUGGCGAUCUGACCACUUCCAAUAUUCUUAUCAAUCCCAAAAGUGAAAGUAAGGAUUUUAAGGAUUACGACAUUGUCUUCAUUGAUUUCGGAUUAAGUCAUUACAACCAAGGCGCGGAAGACAAAGGUGUCGAUUUAUAUGUACUAGAAAGAGCCCUACUCAGCACACACAGCGAGCAACCGUACCUAUUUGAACACAUUCUUGAAGCUUACCGCAAGGAGUGUGGCAAAGAUGAAGGCACUAUUGUAGCUAAAUUCGAAGAAGUGCGAGCACGUGGACGCAAACGUACUAUGAUUGGCUGAGCGGAAAAUUAAUUUUCGUUUUACUUUAUUUUUUCUUUUUAUUUUAUUAUUAUAAGCUUAAAUACGACUAGAUCUUAAAAUAGCUUAUACACACAACGAAAUACAAAACAUAGACACAGUCUAUUACUCUAA